AUGUCCACUCCCAACGAUAUUCAGGCUCUCCUGGCCAGCAUUCGGCCUCGCCCGUCGCCGCCCAAUGCUCCUAGCCAGGAUCAGUAUCAGCAGCAGCGCCCGCAGCAGUCAUACCCGCCCGGCAUGUUCCCACCUCACCCCCAGCAGCAGCAGCAACAACCCUAUGAUGGCCAGAGUUACCCCCACCCCGGGCGUCAUGGCUAUCACCACCCUUCGGUCUCCUCUGCAGUCCACAGUCCUUCGCCUAUGAACACUCCGCCUCACCAUGGUUCUGAUAUCCUCAGUCCCAAUGUGUCGACUCCUCAGGGCGAUCGGGGUUCUCAGCACCAGAUGCCCCAGAACCUGAACAACCCGGAUCGUGCGGCGAGUCUUCUCAACUUGCUUCGAUUCAGUCAGGGCCCCGGCACCGUCCCGCAGCCGGCUUCGCCUGUUGUUCACGAACAAGAUCGAUCUCCUCCUAUCCAGGAGACGACCUCUCCUCACGGACGAAACAUUUCCGCGUCGGAUCUGGUCGCCUCCCUCUUUGGUGGUCAGGGUGCUGCUGCCCACGCUGCUCCUCCCGUGCCUCACGCAGAAGAGCCAGCUCAUUCUGAAGGACCGAGUGAGAACACUCAGGACAUGCUCCUUCGUCUGCUCAACCGGUCCCAGUCCGGUGCGAACACUGCUGAGGCACCUGCUCUCGUGGCUGCAAGCCAGCCCGCCGCCCCACAGAACCUCUCCGGUGAAGAAUACGUAGAGGAGGACGGAACCGAAGAGAGCGCCGGGGAGUUCUUGGAGCCCAGCCCUAAGGCUGCGAAGCCGGAAACGGUCGCGCCCUCGGCUUCCAAGGGCUCCAUGUUCACCUACACCAACCCAUUUGAGCAGCUGGCCGCUAUCUCUCCUCAGGCCAAGUCUCCCCAGCCGACCUCGGGUGGUCACACUCCGGUUGUCGAGGCUCCUGUCGUUGAGGCAGUAGAGAAGACCACUGUUCAAGUCGCUGCCGAAGCUGCACCCGCCCCCGCUCCCGCCCCCCAGCCGGUGCGGUCUAACAAGAAGAACUCCGAGCCCAUUCUGGAGCCUGUCCAGCGUCAGGCGCUUGAUGGUGUGGUUGGGCGCCUCGUGGACGAGAUUGGUCGCUCUCUUAGCAUUGGCGAAUCCAAGCUUUCCCAGAAGACUGAAACCGUAUCUCCCACUACCAAGGAGGAGUCCACCGAGGCGGUCAUCUCAUCUAUCGCCAGCAACCUGCGGGAGACCGCAGCCGAGGCAAAGGACACUGAUACCUCGGACGAGGUGACUGGACCCGAGACCACCGACAUGGGUCCCGCCACCACCGCCGCUCUUGCGAGCGACAAUGAGAAUGCAGAGGCUUUGCUUGAUAGCUGGGAAAGUGCCGAGGACAGCGCUGAAAAGGAGGAAGAGCGUAUUGUCUCGGUUCACAACUUCCCCCUGAAGCCUUUUAUCUCCAUCACCGUUAAGCCGCAAUCUGGAAAACUUGCGACUUUCCGCGAUGAUGGCAUCAUGGAUAUCGCCCGUCUUAAGAAGGAGUUUGAUCAACUGGAUCGCUCCCUGACCGCUGCCACUUCUGAGUAUAUCGUGUAUGCUCUUGCGAAGACCGGUGGCAUCCGAGUCAUUCGCCAGGAUGAUGGCACUGAUCGUCAGGUGUUCCGGUCUACUCGGGACCGUGUGUUCAACGUCGCUUUGUGCACGGCUCCUUCGUCAUCUGGCACCUCUGAUGAGCAGGCGAUUCUCGGCAUUGGUGUCAGUGGCACAGUGUACUGGGCUUUGAUCUCCCGCCACUCGAAGGACCUGUUCGAGCUGGAUGCCUUGGAGCGAGAGAGCUUGAUCUUCCCUCCUUUCCCGGCCUCUGACGAGAACACCUCUGGUGGCCAGCUGAAAACGCGGGCUAAACGGAGCACUCGUCACCCUGAUUUGUUUGCCAUUGGCCGUGGUAAGAACAUCUACGUCGUCUCCCCCCAGUCCGCGAUGAACCCUGUCUAUGGUAUCAGCGGUUCUCAGCGCACCGUCAACACCGAGAAGUUCUUCAAGGAGCGUGCUCUGAAGAUCUCGACUGGCAAAGCUGGCAAGGACUUUGCUUUCAGUGACGAUGACUCUGUGAUCGCCUCUCUCGACAAGACAGGCCGUUUGCGUUUCUGGGAUAUCCGUGAUUUCCUGGAGAACAACUCUACUGAAGGCCCCGCGCCCAAUGAGAUCCGGGUCCCCCUGAAUACCUUCGUUACGGGCUCUCCGGCUGAGAAGUCGUGGCCUACGUCGGUACUCUUCCUGGAUAAGCUCCGCCCUUACUCGCGAUCCAUGGCGUUGCGGUAUGUCUUGGUCGGCCUUAAGCAGAACCACACCUUGCAGCUCUGGGAUAUUGGGCUUGGUAAGGCAGUGGAAGAAGUCAAGUUCCCUCACGAGAACGAAUCGGAUGCCAUUUGCAGUGUCGCAUACCACCCCUCCUCUGGUAUCAUCGUCGUCGGUCACCCGACCCGCAACUCUAUCUACUUCGUUCACCUCUCUGCGCCGCGUUACAACCUGCCGCCAAUGCCGCAGGCGGCUUUCGUCAAGGCUGCAAGCGACAAGGAGAGCACGCUGCCCAAGCCUGAAUCGACGGCCUGCCUCAGUGGAAUCCGCGAGAUUUCUCUCGGUUCCAAGGGCCAGCUGCGAAGCUUGGAGCUCCUUCCAAUCUCCAAGUCGGCUUCUGACAAGCGAGACCAGGACACUGGCUUGUUCGAAUUGUAUGUGAUGCACUCGCAGGGAGUGACUUGCCUGAACGUCAAGAAGGAGGACCUGGGAUGGUCCUCUGAUAACAAAGUGAUUCGCCCGGUGGAUGGUCUGGAGGAAGGAGUGAUUGAUAUCGCUGACCUUCAGGCGUUCCCGAGCUACGUGACCGAUGAUCCCUCGGUCAAUGGCGAUGCUGCUUCUACUCUGUCGAAAGCUACCAAGGAGCAGCAGCCGGCGAAGAAGACCGACAACGCUGUGGAAUCUACUGCUGGUGUCGUUCCUUCGCGUAACGCAUCGCCGACUAAGCCUGUGAAGAAGACGGCUGGAGGGGACCAGACCGAAAACGUGACCAGCUCCGGCAGCGCCGAAAAGAGCGACAAAAAGAAAAAGAAGAAGAUUGCUUCUGCCAGCUCUGCUAUUUCUGAGGCUACGGUGAAGGCAAAGGAACCAACUGCGACGGCGGGGGUUGAGCCGCUCCUGCCUAGUCAGCAAUCCACUCACCCAGGUAAGUACAGACUCACUUGUUUACCUUCCAACAUCCUCAACCCACUCACAUCCACCCCCUCAGCCAUCCCCACGACCACUCCAAUGUCGACCUACGACCUCGACCAGCAUCUCAGCUUCAUCCAGACUUCGGUCUCGGAAAGUCUGUCUCGAAACAUGAACAGUCAGCUCGAUAGCCUCUUCCGCCGCCUCGACCUGGAGCGACGCGACUGGGAUGCGGCUGCUUCCGCUAAGCAGGAGGAGGUCCUGCGACUUGUCUCUCGAACCCUGAGCGACAACGUUGAGAAGAACUUGGGCCGCAUUGUCAGUGAACGCAUCCAGGAAGAAAUUCUUCCUGUCGUGAUCGAGCACAUCUCUGCGGACAUCAACCGCAAGCUUAACACUCUCGUCGCCCCCCACGUCUCGACCCAGGUUGUCUUUGCCAUCAAAAACGAGGUGCGCGAGAAUCUCCCCAUCAUUGUUCAUGGUGCUCUCAAGGAUGCAAACUCCUUGAAGCCUCUGGCCGACGCGACCAUGCACCUGCUGGCUCCCCGUCUCGAGUCAGAGCUGUCCAAGGCCAUGAACAGCGUCGUCCUUCCUGCGAUCGGAGAAUUGUCUCGCCGCAACCAAAAGCUGGAGUCCGACAUGGAGCGCCACCACGUUGCUCAGAUCCGACACCUCGAGACGAUGCGUGCUCAGGAUCAGGACAAGCUUGAUGAGAUGGCUACCAUGAUUCGCAGCCUCUCGAACACUGUGACUGCUCUUGCCGCCAACCAGAACAACCGGAUUGAGCAGGGCAACAACGUCAACGCGACACAAGUUCCCUUUGCUCGCCCUGUUGAGCGACACCAGAACGCCGCCCAGGCGCAGGUGUCGUAUGGAUCCCCUCACCCAGCUGUUUCCGCUGCCAUGGCUCCUGUUCCCGGUGCCGCCCCUAUGUCCACUCACGCACCCGGUCGUGUCCUAUCCUCUGCUGGUCUUUCCGUCCCAGCUGGUCCGGCCAACUAUGAUGGUCUCACUCCCGAACAGGCCGAGUUGGCGGAGAUCGCCGAAUUGAUGCGCGUUAACCGAUUCGAGGAUGCCUCGGUUAAGUGGAUCCGAUCUAACCAGCAGGCCGAUCUUUUUGACAACUACUUCAUUCGCGUUAACCCCACGUACCUCGAGCGCCUUCCUGGAGUUGUCCUGCUGUCCAUCGGUGUCGCCGUUACCUCGUCUCUCUCGACCAAUGUGCAGGCGCGUCUCAACUGGCUGAAGCUCGUCUUCCGACACCUCACUCUUCGGGUACGUAUUCUCAACACCGUGCGUCCGUAUUGGAGCCCACCUGUGGUCCCCUUUGUCGACUGUCAGGUCCUGUCUAACCCCCGUACCCUGCAGGAUGCCGAUCUUCGCGAGGUGCUACCCGACAUCAUGAACAUUCUCUCCGAGCGUCUAAACACCCUGUACCUGCGCAUUGCUGAGCGCAACCCCAACGACCAAACCCUCCGGCUGAUCGCUCCCCUCGCUCGCACUGCUCAUGACCUCCAGGUUCAGUGCCACUAA